AUGGAGGACCCGCAUGGGGACGAGGAUCUUGACGCCCUUGCCUACCAGCUUACCGACGGGCUGAUGGAUGCUAGCGGCACCAUCGGCGCCCAGGAUCCUUGGAUGCCGGCAACCUCUGGUUCCUUCCGGCCAGCCGUCGAGUACAACCAAUUCUAUCCUUUAUCUUCUUCAGUCUCCAACCUCGAACCCAACCUGUCAGGCUCCACGUUUCCGCCUGCUGGCCGACAUCUCCCGUCGUUCCAUGAGGGCUUUGGUGAGACUCUGAGCGCGGACGCGAAUCAAAAUUCUUUGUGGUACCUGCCACUAUCACUACCCGCUACUUCGACAAGGACGACGACGGCCAUCGGGACUCAACAAGACUUUGACAUCUUUCGUGCCGCUAAUGUAUCGGACAACUCGAGACAAGACUUUUCGCAGAUGCCAGUAGAGCCAGGCAAUUCCAAUUCCCUAGGGGACGCAUAUGACAACUUUGGCAACCUCGGCGGAGGGUCAAUAAACUCUGCUGCUGCUGGCGACGAUCUAUUUGCCCCGCUACCCUUCAGCAGCCCACCCCAGGAUUCUGACACUGAUGCACCCUCCUUCAACCAAUAUUUACCUCCAACAACAACAACCACACAACCACAACCCAGCGGCACCUUGAAUCACAGCGCUUCAAUUCAACACACUCCUUGGUUGCCCCCACUACAACAGUCUUUUGGUAUCCCGGCUGGGUCCGGUGGCAGCCACGAGCCAAAUAGCGACGAUCAGUUCAUCGGACUACUGGGCGGCGACUUCCCAUCUCCCUCGUUGCCACCACUUAGCAGCAGCCCACCCAGACUAAACAGCACCAACACCCAAGUCUCACCGGUAGUUCCUCAAUCUUCUUUCCUAUCGCGAAUACGGGGCAUAUUCAACACUAUGCCGACCCAAGCGACGAGCCACACGGCCGCAUCGGAAAGAGGUCGAAGACCCAGGGCUCCGAGCCUGGUUGACCUCACGUCCCCUAAGUUGGACCGCGAAGGCGAUGCGCACCGAGCCCUAGAUCGCAGCACAUCCAUGCGAGCUCCCAACUCGAGAAAACGUACUCGCGACAGUACUACUGGCAGCAGAGCCGGUACGACCGAGAGACGAACGCCAUCUUCUACCAAGUCACGACCGACCAAAGCCCUCAAACGCCAGAUUUCCAAACGCGAAGAUGACCCAUUUGCCGAGUCAUCUCCCGCGCCACAGGCCGAAGAUGAUGUGCUGGACCUCACUGCCACUGAUGAGCUGCCGCCCGAACUACAGCUGCCCAAGGUCGACAAUCGGGUGAAACUCAGCAAAUUUCAGUGCUCAAUCUGCAUGGACGACGCCACUGCUCUGACAGUUACGCAUUGUGGUCACCUAUUUUGUUCCGAGUGUCUACAUUCCGCCCUGCAUAUAGAUCAUCUUAAGCGAACAUGCCCGAUUUGCAGACAGAAAGUCGAGCUGAAGACGAGACCCGGUGCAAAGCAGCCCAAGAACUCAUUCUACCAUCUCGAGCUCAAGCUAAUGACGGCGAACCGGAAGGGCAAGAGACCGGUUGGCCAGUAA